AUGAGAGUUGACCGCUUUCCAUUACCCCGCCCCAUUCUCCCGCUUUCCAUCACCCCGCCCCAUUCUCCCCGCUUUCCAUCACCCCGCCCCAUUCUCCCACUUUCCAUCACCCCGCCCCAUUCUCCCGCUUUCCAUCACCCCCGCCCCAUUCUUCCUCUUUCCAUCACCCCGCCCCUUUCUCCCGCUUUCCAUCACCCCGCCCCAUUCUCCCGCUUUCCAUCACCCCGCCCCAUUCUCCCGCUUUCCAUCACCCCCCCCAUUCUCCCGCUUUCCAUCACCCCCGCCCAUUCUCCCACUUUCAAUCACCCCCGCCCCUUUCUUCCUCUUUCCAUCACCCUGCCCCAUUCUCCCGCUUUCCAUCACCCCGCCCCAUUCUCCCGCUUUCCAUCACCCCGCCCCACUCUCCCGCUUUCCAUCACCCGGCCCCAUUCUCCCGCUUUCCAUCACCCCACCCCAUUCUCCCGCUUUCCAUCACCCCGCCCAUUCUCCGUUUUCCAUCAUCCCCGCCCCAUUCUCCCGCGUUCCAUCACCCCGCCCCAUUCUCCCGCUUUCCAUCACCUUGCCCCAUGCUUCCGCUUUCCAUCCCACCCCGCCCCUUCUCCCGCUUUCCACCACCCUGCCCCAUUCUCCCGCUUUCCAUCACCCCGCCCCAUUCUCCCGCUUUCCAUCACCCCGCCCCAUUCUCCUGCUUUCCAUCAGCCUGCCCCAUUCUCCCGCUUUCCAUCACCCCGCCCCAUUCUCCUGCUUUUCCAUCACCCCACCCCAUUCUCCCGCUUUCCAUCACCAUGCCCCAUUCUCCCGCUUUCCAUCACCCGCCCCAUUCUCCCGCUUUCCAUCCACACCGGCCUAUUCUCCCUCUUUCCAUCACCCCGCCCCAUUUCUCCUGCUUUCCAUCAACCCCGCCCCAUUCUCCCGCUUUCCAAUCACCCCGCCCCAUUUCUCCCGCUUUCUAUCACCCCACCCCAUUCUCCCUCUUGUCAAUCACCCCGCCCCAUUCCCCCUCUUUUCCAUCACCCCGCACCAUUCUCCCUCUUUCCAUCACCCCGCCCCAUUCUCCCUAUUUCUAUCACCCCGCCCCAUUCUCCCUCGCUUUCCAUCACCCCGCCCCAUUCUCCCUCUUUCCAUCACCCCGCCCCCAUUCUCCCGC